AUGGCUUCCGGAGGCAAGGCUGUCGGUAUCGACUUGGGUACCACCUACUCAUGCGUCGCAUACUACUCCAACGACAAGAUUGAAAUCAUUGCCAACGAUCAGGGAAACAGGACAACCCCGAGUUUCGUUGGUUUCACCGACACUGAGCGUCUGAUCGGAGAUGCGGCCAAGAACCAGGUCGCCAUGAACCCCCACAACACCGUCUUCGAUGCCAAGCGUCUCAUUGGCCGCAAGUUCCAGGACUCCGAGGUCCAGGCCGAUAUGAAGCAUUUCCCGUUCAAGGUCAUCGAGAAGGGCGGCAAGCCUAACAUCGAGGUCGAGUUCAAGGGCGAGACCAAGACCUUCACUCCCGAGGAGAUCUCCGCCAUGGUCCUGACCAAGAUGCGUGAGACUGCUGAGUCUUUCCUCGGCGGCCAGGUCAACAAUGCUGUCGUCACUGUUCCCGCCUACUUCAACGACUCCCAGCGUCAGGCUACCAAGGACGCCGGUCUCAUUGCCGGCCUCAACGUUCUUCGUAUCAUCAACGAGCCUACCGCUGCCGCCAUUGCCUACGGUCUCGACAAGAAGGCUGAGGGUGAGCGCAACGUCCUCAUCUUCGAUCUUGGUGGUGGUACUUUCGAUGUGUCUCUCUUGACCAUUGAGGAGGGCAUUUUCGAGGUCAAGUCCACCGCUGGUGACACUCACUUGGGUGGUGAGGACUUCGACAACCGUCUUGUCAACCACUUUGUCAACGAGUUUAAGCGCAAGCACAAGAAGGACCUGUCCUCCAACGCCCGCGCUCUGCGCCGUCUCCGCACCGCUUGCGAGCGUGCCAAGCGCACCCUGUCCUCGUCUGCCCAGACCUCCAUCGAGAUCGACUCCCUGUUCGAGGGUAUCGACUUCUACACCUCCAUCACCCGUGCUCGCUUCGAGGAGCUUUGCCAGGACCUGUUCCGCUCUACCAUCCAGCCCGUCGACCGUGUCCUCACCGACGCCAAGGUCGACAAGUCCCAGGUCCACGAGAUCGUCCUGGUCGGAGGUUCCACCCGUAUCCCCCGUGUCCAGAAGCUCAUCUCCGACUACUUCAACGGCAAGGAGCCCAACAAGUCCAUCAACCCCGAUGAGGCUGUUGCCUACGGUGCUGCCGUCCAGGCCGCCAUUCUGUCCGGUGACACUUCCUCCAAGAGCACCAACGAGAUCCUUCUUCUCGAUGUUGCCCCUCUGUCCCUCGGUAUCGAGACUGCUGGUGGCAUGAUGACCAAGCUCAUUCCCCGCAACACCACCAUUCCCACCAAGAAGUCCGAGGUCUUCUCCACCUUCUCCGACAACCAGCCCGGUGUCCUCAUCCAGGUCUACGAGGGUGAGCGCCAGCGCACCAAGGACAACAACCUUCUAGGCAAGUUCGAGCUUACCGGCAUUCCCCCCGCUCCCCGCGGUGUUCCCCAGAUUGAGGUCACUUUCGACCUUGACGCCAACGGAAUCAUGAACGUCUCCGCUGUUGAGAAGGGUACCGGCAAGUCCAACAAGAUUGUCAUCACCAACGAUAAGGGCCGUCUCUCCAAGGAGGACAUUGAGCGCAUGCUUGCUGAGGCCGAGAAGUUCAAGGAUGAGGAUGAGGCCGAGGCCCAGCGUGUCUCUGCCAAGAACGGUCUCGAGUCUUACGCCUACUCCCUCCGCAACACCCUCAGCGACUCCAAGGUCGACGAGAAGCUCGAGGCUGACGACAAGGAGAAGCUCAAGACUGAGAUCGACACCAUCGUCACCUGGCUCGACGAGAACCAGCAGGCUACUCGCGAGGAGUACGAGGAGCGCCAGAAGGAGCUCGAGGGCAUUGCCAACCCCAUCAUGAUGAAGUUCUACGGCUCUGCUGGCGGUCCUCCCGGUGCUGGCGGUGCCCCUGGCGGCUUCCCCGGUGCUCCCGGCGGCGCCCCCCCCGGCAACCACGACGACGGCCCUACCGUCGAGGAGGUUGACUAA